AUGAAAUCAGCAGAGGCUGAUUUUCUGACAACACUGCCUUCAGCCUUCUUUUUCUCUGUUCCAGCCAAAGGACUCUCCCUGGCUGACCUCAGUUCCACUUGUGAACUGGUGCACUCUAGCGGCUCUAAUUUCCUUCAUUUGCAAGUGGAUAUCCAAUUUUUCCAACGCCAUUUGGAACAGUCAAACUAUGUGUGGAUUUGGCUUAACUUUACUUCCCUGAAGAGGAAAUGGACCUGGGUGGAUGGUUCUCCAUUGGAUUCAAAGAUAUUCUUCAUAAAAGGACCAACUAAAGAAAAUAGCUGUGCUGCCAUCAAGGAAAACAGAAUUUACUCUGAAACUUGCAAUAGUGUUUUCAAAUGGAUUUGCCAAUAUUAAAAGUUUAAAAGUGAUAGUGGAAUAAUCAAGGAUAAAAGUUCUUUUGCCUAACAUUAAUCUUCAGGAGUAAGAAUUUAAAAUUGCAGUUAAACACCAGCCUCGCUUUUCUAUUUUCCCUCGAUCAUCUUCAUGGGUCCUAGCCACAGAGUAACCCAUGUUAGCAAUCUAAAAUAUACCCCUCUGAUUCUUUAUGUGAUAAUGUAAUCCAGAGUGAACCCAUGCAUUUAUAUUCAUGAUUUAAUUCACCUUUUCUUUUACAACAAAUGUGAACAAAUUAUGUCUGCUUUUC